AUGUCUGAAUUAAAUCUUGCAGGCAGUCCUUCGUUGAUUGGUGAGUCGAUUAGGAGCGUAGAGGACUCUAAUAAUCCCGACUACAACACAGCAGUCGACGCAUCUUCUCAAAUUAACAAGAUUACAGGUUCCACUCUAAUUAAGCAAUUAAAUAAACAUUCUAAUGAUGGUUUAACUACAAAAGAUACUUCAUAUACCUCUGUUGAGGACUUAAAUCGUGAAGGUGCUUUAUUGACAGACGAAAUGGAUAUGGAUCGAAUUGUAAACGUUACUUCAGAAUUGAAAAUUGAUGACAAAGAAGACGAUGAAAAAAGAUUAGCUUUGCUAAAGAAAAAAAAGGAAUUAAGAGAGCGGAUGUAUGGUGAAAAUUCAAAGAUAUCAAAUAAUGGUUCCAGUCCGUACCUCUCUAUGUCUCCUUCUUUAAGUAAUGCAAACUCUUUAGUAACAUCGACUGAUCCCAUUGAUGACCAAAUGAAUACAAUAAUCAAUGAUGCAAAACACUCAAAUAUAAAAAAAAGUGAAUCAGAAUCAGAAUCAGAAUCGGAGAAGACUAUUAGAAACUCUUAUGGAGAAUUUAUUAAGAAGGAAACAAAUAAACCUCAUUUAGCUAGAGGUGAUUCAUACCAAAGUAGUGUAAUUCAGGAGGAAUCAAAUGGUCAAGAAAGUAAAUCACCUGAAAGAUUAGGAAGGACGUUUAAUAGGUAUUCCUCAACCGAAUAUUUGAGAUCUUUAUCUAACUCUUUAAGUAGAGAUGUCAAAAAUACAAGAUCCUCUUUCUCUGAAUCAUCAUCCACUUCUGAUCCAAGACUUUUUAGUACUAAUAAUUAUUCCAUCUCCCAAAUGGAUUUACAAAAUGCUCCUCAUAUUAUAAAAGAAGAAGAAUUGGAGGCUGGAGAUAUACAGGCGAGGCAUCUCUAG